AAGCUGUAAAUAGAAGUAAUGUGGUCUCUCUUUUUUUUUUUAUCUCUUAUCUUUCUAAUAUUAAGAUAUAAGAGCAUGUAUAAUACAGAAGAAAAACAUGUAUGUAAAGACAAAACCACAUAUAUACAACUAAACCCACAAGUCCACUUCUCUAAGAAGAUUUGUUCAGGCACACGCUAAAACACAAAAACAAAACCUCCAAGAACAUAUCAUUUUGUUAUUUAUAUUUAGAAAAUGGAUCUCGAUUUAUUACAAGAUCUUCCCAUGUUGAAUUUCCCAUCACCCAUCAAGAUCCGAUCCAACAACAGAGAUGCUGACGGCGGCGGCGGCGGUUGCACCACGCCCACUUCCUCUGACCACAAGAUUCCUCCCUCCUCCGCCACUACUCCUCCUCCUCCGCCGCAGAAACGACGUGCACUUCCGCCGUCCCUCGUCUACAGAUCUUGCAAGAGGAAGCUUUUGACGUCAUCAAAGUUUGAGAUUAUUGCUAACAAAGAUGAGAUAGAUCGCUUCUUCUCCUCUGUUUACAACCAGACGAUGACGUCAUCCCCCACCACUGCCACCACGUCGACCCUCCCGGUGGCUAGGCGACGUAGAAGUUUCCGUUCUUGUUCCCGGAGAUGAUCAAUAAUUGGAAUUAACCACAAUCAUGUUAAAGGUUCCUUAUCUUGGUAGCUUUUUCUAUUUUAUGUAUUUUAUCUAAUGAUUCUCAGCUUUAAUUUACGCGUCGACCCACUCUAUAAAUAUACAUGUGCCAUCCAUCGAUGGAAUCUUUUUAACUUUCUUACUAAUUUCAUUUGAAUUAUGAACGUUUUCAAUAAUAUAUUUUUCCUA